AUGGACUGGAGCUCUGCUAGGUAUAAAAGCCGCAAAUCUCUAUCAACGACCCUCAGCUCACUCCCUUUGAGCACACCCACAAGCGCAGGUGCUGGACACUUUGCAUCCUUCGUAUUCACGUCACUCUUUCACCGCACGUUGACCCUCACGCACCGCUCCCCUGCCCGACCUUUACGACCAAACGAGUUCGCCUCUCAGCAUGCGUUACACCACCGUCUUCUCCGUCGCCGCAUUCGCAACCGCAGCCGCGCCACAGCACUCGCACGCCCGGUCUACGAUAGAUCGCAAUACGCACCCCGCGGCCACGAUGCCGACGUGACGUUCGACCCACGCGGUUCGCAUGACCCCCUCGAAAAUCUAUGGGAACGCGACCGUCAUGAGGCUCUCGUCUCGCGGAGCGGUCUCCAGCCUCCAGAGCCCCAGUGGCCGCCCGAAUCCGCCCCACCGCCUGUCCCGCCACCCAAAGACGUUGAUCUCUCUUCCCCGGACGAAUCCUCGCAGACGCAAAGCAGCCCUCCGGAGCCAUACCUCCCCGACUAUAUAGACGAGUCGUACCAGCCAUCGCCCCCGCCGAGGCAGAGACCGGAACAAAAAGUGCCGGAACGAACAGUGCCAAAAGGUCCGCGCCCCCCCGCCCAACAAAUCCCCUCCGGCGGUUCCGCAGGCCCCCCCCCCCCCCCCAACUCUCCGAUGAACAACCCGCCAUCGCUGGGCUCUCCAGCAUCAGACGCGGAUUCCGAGAUGGGCGAGGAGGACGCCAUGAGCCCGUCGGAGUCCGCGUUCGGAGAGAAUGGUCCGUCCACUCCUCUGGGAACCCCUGGGCCCGAGGAUGAGGCUCGUCCCAAUGGGCGCAGGCCCGCUCCUCCACCGGGGUCGCCUCUUGUCAAUGGAGUAGGACCUUUGCCUAACGGAUCGGGUUCCAAUGGUUCUAACGGGGCAGGGCCUCACCCUAACGGAUCCGGGCCCACUAACGGAGCCAAUGGAUCGGGCUCUCGUCCACCGAACGGACUCAGGCGUCGGUCUGAGAUGCACGAGGUUCUGGCUAGGAUGAUCCUGGACGCGUUGGACUGA